AAACACCCUCCGCCAAUGAGCGGCGCGACGUCGUCAGCGCCGGGACCGCGCCCCCUCGGCUGGGGACACGCCCACAAGCAGCUCCCGAAGCCACGCCCUCUCCUUGUCCACGCCCCCAACCCCUCCCCUUUAGGCCAAGCCACGCCUGCGCGCCUGCGCCACGCCCCCUCCUCUCAGGUCCACGCCUCCCGCUCCUCCCAGUGGCCCGCGCUCCGCCUCCCGCGCAGGCCCCCGCCCCCUCCGCCGGAAGCCCCGCCCCUCCCCCGGCCGCGCGCAGGCGCGCGGCGCACGCGCAGUCCCGCCCCGAGUCACCUUGGGGUCCGGACCCCCCGGGUCCCCGUGUCCCCCCGGUCCGAGUCCCCGCCGGUCCGUGUGUCCGCGUGUCCCCCGGUCCGUCUGUCCCGGAUCCGCGGCCGGUCCCGAUGGCGGCGGCUCCGGCGGCUCCAGCGGCUCCGGCCGAGCGGCCCCAAGACGUCCCCGAAGUCCGUGAAGUUCCUGUUCGGCGGGCUGGCCGGAAUGGGCGCCACGGUGUUCGUGCAGCCGCUGGACCUGGUGAAGAACCGGAUGCAGCUGAGCGGGGAGGGGGCGCGGACGCGCGAGUUCCCCACGAGCUUCCACGCGCUGGCGGCGAUCCUGCGCAACGAGGGGCUGCGGGGCAUCUACACCGGGCUGUCGGCGGGGCUGCUGCGGCAGGCCACGUACACCACGACGCGCCUGGGGAUCUACACGGUGCUGCUGGAGCGGCUGGGGGGCGCGGACGGGACCCCCCCCCCGUUCCUGGCCAAGGCCGCCAUGGGCAUGACGGCCGGCGCCGCCGGCGCCUUCGUGGGGACGCCGGCCGAGGUGGCGCUGAUCCGCAUGACGGCCGACGGACGGCUGCCCCCUGAUCAGCGCCGCGGGUACCGGAACGUGCUGGACGCGCUGGUGCGGAUGGCGCGGGAGGAGGGGAUCGGCACGCUCUGGAGGGGCUGCAUCCCCACCAUGGCUCGCGCCGUCGUGGUCAACGCCGCCCAACUCGCCUCCUACUCGCAGUCCAAGCAAUUCCUGCUCGAGACGGGUACGUGGCGCGAUGACAUUUUGUGCCACUUCUGCGCCAGCAUGAUCAGCGGCUUGGUCACCACGGCCGCCUCCAUGCCCGUCGACAUCGUUAAAACGCGCAUCCAGAACAUGCGGACGAUCGACGGGAAACCUGAGUAUCGCAACGGGCUGGAGGUGCUGGUGCGGGUGGUGCGGCUGGAGGGGCUCCCCGCGCUCUGGAAGGGCUUCACCCCGUACUACGCGCGGCUGGGCCCGCACACCGUGCUCACCUUCAUCUUCCUGGAGCAGCUGAACCGCGCCUACGGGCGCCUGUUCCUCACCCCCUGACCUAUGGAUCUAUAGGGGACGGGGGGUGUGUGGGUCCCGUUCGGCUGUUCCUCACCCCCUGACCUAUGGAUCUAUAGGGGGGGUGGGUCCCGUUCGGCUGUUCCUCACCCCCUGACCUAUGGAUCUAUAGGGGGGUGUGGGUCCCGUUCGGCUGUUCCUCACCCCCUGACCUAUGGAUCUAUAGGGGGGGUGGGUCCCAUUCGGCUGUUCCUCACCCCCUGACCUAUGGAUCUAUAGGGGGGGUGUGGGUCACGUUUAGCUGUUUCUCAGCCCCUGACCUAUGGAUCUAUAGAAUCUCUAGGGCCUGGAGGGUGUGUGCAUGGGUCACAAUUGGCUCUUCCUGAGCCCCUGACCCCAACCUAUGGAUCUAUAGGGGCCGGGGGUGUGUGUGGUUCACAGCUGCUUGUUCCUGACCCCGACCUAUGGAUCUAUAGGGGCCGGGGGGUGUGUGUGGUUCACAGCUGCUUGUUCCUGACCCCGACCUAUGGAUCUAUAGGGGCUGGGGGGUGUGUGUGGGUCAUAGCCGCCUGUUCCUCACCCCCUGACCCCCUAUGGCAUCUGUAGGGGCUGGGGGCGUAUAUGGUGUUCUCACAUCCCCACAGGGCGGUCCCAAGUCCCUAUAGGGGGUAUAGAGGAGCUGGGGGGCGUAUAUGGUGUAUAUGGGUCACAGCCACCUCUUCCUCGCCCCCUGACCCCCCUAUGGAAUCCAUAGGGGCUGGGGGGUCCCUAUAGAGGUGUCUCACGUCCCUACAGGCUGUCCCCAUGGGGGGCUUUGUCUGUGUGUCUGUCCCUAUAGGGGCUGGGGGUGUCUGUGUGUCCCUAUGGGGUGUCAAAGGUCAAGGUCAUGGGCAGGAGCACCCCCUCCCCCCCCCAAAGGGCUUCGGUACUGACAGCUCGUUAUCAUGUAACUGAUUAAUUAAUUAAACCGGAAUCAUGUGGA